AUGAAUGAGUAUGAAGGGACAGUUUUCAGGAGAUCGACGCACAGUGUCAGUCCAAGACGCAGCCCUUCCAGGUCCCUGGACCUACUGAUACAGAGUCUGAGUAACGUAGGCAAGAGGCAGAAAGACAAACUUGGUGACAUCCUGCAUGCUGUGGGGAAGUUUGGACCCUUCCAGAAGAGGUUGGUGCUUCUUACCUUCAUCCCCAGCAUCAUGGCACCCUUCUUACUUAAUGUCGACGACUUUGUUUUCAUGGACCAGAAGCCUUAUUGCAAUACUAGCUGGAUACUGGCUCUGUACCCCAACCUUACAGAGAGUGAACAGCUGCUUCUGACCUUACCCAGAGAUCCUAACGGGGAGUUUUUGACAUGCCUCAUGUUCAUGCCUCAAGUCCACAGUGAGAAGAACCAGUUCCAUUUGAACCUCAACAACACACAGCCCUGUUUGGAUGGAUGGAUCUAUCCGAAGGCCGAGAGACGAUCGGUGAUCAAUGAGUUUGACUUGGUCUGUGGCAAGGAGACGACUGUGGACAGCGUGAAGACCACGAUGUCAGCAGGGACUCUGCUGGGCUCCAUCAUCUUUGGGAUCACCAGUGACAAGUUGGGCCGCUACCCCACCCUCCUGAUCUCAUUCAUGGUCCUGGUGAUCUUUGGCUUUGGAACGGCUUUUGCCAGGACCUUCCACCUGUAUCUCUUCUCCCGCUUCUGCGUGGGCAUGGCGAUAGUGGGCUACGUCAUCAACAGCCUGUCUCUAGCCUCUGAAUGGCUGAUGGACAAUCACCGGGCUCAUGCCAUCUGCUUGCAAUUCUGUUUCUUCUCCAUGGGCAACUUGUACCUGUUGGGACUCGCCUACAACUUCCUGCACUGGCGGUUGCUGAUCCUGGUCGGGGGAGCACCCUUGUUCUCUCUUAUCUUCUAUAUCUGGCUUCUCCCGGAGUCCCCCCGGUGGCUGAUGGUGAAAGGGAGAGUGGAGGAGGCCAAGCAGGUGCUGCUCCAGGCGGCCCAGGUCAACCACAACGUCAUCUCGAGGACUCUGCUGCAGAAGCUGCACCAGUCCAAAAAGAACAUGGCAAAAGGCUCUGUCCUGGACUUCUACAACAACCACUACCUCAGCAAGGUGAUCCUGGUGCUCUUCUGUGCCUGGUUUGCUAUCAGUUUCAACACCUUCACAAUAUUGCUGAAGACCAAGAACCUGGACGUGAACUUCGACCUCUUGUACUUGGUCACCGGCAUCAUCAAGGUGCCGGCGCGGCUGUGCUGCAUCAUCCUCCUGGAUAAGAUGGGGCGGCGGCUGAGCCUGGGCAUCCUGCUCAUGCAGAGCUGUCUUCUGAGCCUACUCAUCUUUCUGCUUCCCUCAGAGCUGAAAAGCAUGCAGAGCUUGCUGUAUAUAGCCGGACACCUCCUGCAGGCUACCACCAUCACGCUGUUCUUCAUCUACUCCUCUGAGCUAUUCCCCACUGUCCUCAGGGCGACAGGGCUGAGCUUGGUGAUGCUGGCCAUGGCGACAGGAGCCACUUCGGCUCUGAUGCUCCUCAGCCUGAGCAGCAGUCUCCUGCCUGUCUUCCUCUGCUGCUUUUUCUCCUUCCUGGCCCUGUCCCUCUGCUGCAUGCUGCCCGAGGUGAAAGACCAGCCCCUCUGUGACUUCCUAGAGCACCUGCCCAAGAGGUCCACGUCUUUAGAUUUCAUCAGGUCCUUGUCUUUGGAUUCCUCUGAAGAUUUAGGUACCCAGGAUAUGUCUGAUGAAGUGGUCAAAAACACCUUUAUCAAUGCCAUCAUGUGUCGCUUCAGCAAAGGAACCAUUCCUGACUCAAGCUUGCAGUCCAGGGAAGAAGACACAUAA